AUGACCAAAAUAUUAACUAAAUAGCUCAUAAUAUAGAAGGCCAAAACAGAUGUAAUGGAGAAUAUUAAGUCAAUAAACUUAUGGGGAAAUGAUUUAGAAGAAAUAUCCUUUAUUACAUAAUUGAAAAAUUUGGAGCUUGCUUAGUUGGCUUCUAAUAAAAUAAAUACUUUAAAAGAUGUAGUCAAGUGUUCACAUCUCAAAGAUUUAAAUUUAAGAAAUAAUAAUAUAUCAAAUAUUGAAGAGUUUUAAUUAUUAAAACAAUUGCCAAAUUUGAAAGCAUUAAAUCUUUUAUAUAAUCCUGUUACUUAACAUCCAAAUUAUAGAUAGUAAGUCUUAAAAUAUGCAUCUUAAUUAGAAAAAUUAGAUGAUAUAGUUAUUUCAUAAUAAGAAAGACGAUAACUAUAAUAAGAAGAGGAAAAGGAGAAUUAGAUUAAAUAAAAUGUAUAAAUGGAUUAUUAGAAAAUUAAGAAAAUUGAGUCUAAAAUUUUUAAAAAGAAAUCUAAAGAAAAUAAAAGUAAAAAUAAAAAAAGUGAAGAUUCUCAAUAGGAAUUAAAUAAAAAUUAGGAAAAUAAUAAAUCAUAAAAAGGAAUUUAAUAAUUUUUUUAUGAAGAAUCACAAGAAUAAUAGGAAAUAUAAAUUUAUGAUUAAAAAGAAUUCUAAUUUUAAAAUGAAAAUAAAAAUAUACCCAUGUUAGUAGGAGGAAAGACACAUUCAUAAUUUUAAAUAAAUGAUAAAAUUUAAGAAGAAGAAGAAAUACCAUUCUAAAUACAGAAAAGUGAAUAAAUUACAAAAAUAUAGUAAACAAAUUAAAAUUCAAAAACGAACUUAAAUUUUAAUGGAAAACCAGAUUCUUUUGAAACUUCAUAACAUAUUUUGUGUGCCAUAUUAUCAUUAUUAGAAGAACUAAAACAAAAAGAUAUAGAAAUUCUUAAAAAAAAAGUUGAAAGCAAACUAUAGAGAGAUAUGUCAUGA